UUCUUCAUUUCUUUCAUAAAAAUAAUUCUGUUGAAUUUUCCAUAAAAAGUGCAACUACUGAACAUUCUUGUGAUAGCUUCUUUGUGAAUGUGUCACUGUACUUGAUUUGCACACGCCUUAUAAUUUAGGCCUUCUUUUGUUUUGGGUUGGCAGUUCCAACUGUUAAAGCUCUUGUCUGAUUAUGUGGGACUCCCCGUUUUAAUGGGAGCAGCCUCUUUGCUGCAUUUUUCAAAAAUGGUCUCGGAAGCUUCUUACUGUGGUUCUUUGUUGGGGACAAAGGAUUAUUUAUGCUAAAGGAAAAUGUAUUCCCCACUGAAUUAGCUCGUGGGAAGCAUAACAAGCUCAUUAUUAAUGCUCAGUUGUACUUUGGCCUUUUGCUGUGGUAGGGAGAAGGAAAAAUGACAUCAAAAAGGACAUUCUGCUGUCCUUUGCCUUCCCGCAAAGAAAAUGUGAUGUAAUAUUAGACUUCUCUGUUAGGUUUAGGUCAAGUUCAACUUUGGUACCAGCAGAAAUUGUUCCUGAAAGGAAAGUAGAGUGUAUAGCUGACACUGUGUAUGAGAAAAGUAAUUUAAUUCAAUAUAGACGACCAUGCAGCCUGCAAUUCAAGUGUGGUUUGGAGAAGACCUGCCUCUAAGUCCACGGAGCCCUCUGACCCCCAGACACGGCCCAGGCUUGGCUGACGUCUGUCAGUAUGACGAGUGGAUAGCUGUGAGGCAUGAAGCCACCCUGUUGCCCAUGCAGGAAGACCUGUCCAUUUGGUUAUCUGGCUUAUUAGGUAUUGAGGUUAAGGCAGAAGGAUUAUUGGAAGAACUUGAUAAUGGAGUACUGUUAUGCCAACUGAUUGAUGUUCUCCAAAACAUGGUGAAAACAUGCAACUCUGAAGAACCAGAGAAUUUUCCAAUGAGAAAAGUUCCCUGUAAGAAAGAUGCUGCCUCAGGUUCAUUCUUUGCGAGAGACAAUACCGCAAACUUCCUUCAUUGGUGUAGGCACAUUGGAGUGGAUGAGACUUACCUCUUUGAAUCUGAAGGUUUAGUUUUGCACAAAGAUCCAAGACAGGUGUAUCUUUGUCUUCUUGAAAUUGGCCGAAUUGUGUCAAGAUAUGGGGUGGAGCCACCAGUAUUAGUAAAACUUGAGAAAGAAAUUGAGCUAGAAGAGACCUUACUUAAUACUUCUGGACCUGAAGAUUCCAUCAGCAUUCCAAAAUCGUGCUGUCAGCAUGAAGAGUUACAUGAAGCUGUCAGACAUAUUGCUGAAGACCCUCCUUGUAGUUGUUCUCAUCGAUUUUCUAUUGAGUACUUAUCUGAGGGACGAUACCGACUAGGAGAUAAAAUCCUCUUUAUAAGAAUGCUUCAUGGAAAACAUGUCAUGGUCCGUGUUGGUGGAGGCUGGGAUACUCUUCAAGGAUUUUUGCUUAAAUAUGACCCCUGUCGAAUAUUACAGUUUGCUACACUAGAACAAAAAAUUCUAGCAUUUCAAAAAGGAGUUUCUAAUGAAAGUGUACCUGAUUCGCCUGCGAGAACACCUCAGCCUCCUGAGAUGAAUCCUUUGUCAGCAGUUAGCAUGUUUCAGAAACAAAAAUCAAAACCUGGCACAGCAGUUGGUGGUCCAAGGAGCAAAGAAAAGCAAGCAUGCCCUCCAAUUGUGUUGAAGUCAGUGUCUUCCCAGAAAACAGGAACUCUGGGCUCUGUGUCAGGCUGCUCUAAAUUGCCAAAUUCUCCAGCAGCAUCUUCUCAUCUCAAACUCACAUCUUCAAAUGGCAAAACAAAGAAACCACAAGCACCCUCAAACAGUGUGUCAUCCUCACUUGCUUUAAAUCCAGUAGGUAAAAGUGCUUCAUCAGCUUUAUCAACAACUGCGCCUUGUGCCUCUAAGUCAAUGAGAAGAAAUGUGUCACCCAAAACUCCUAAGGUCAAGUUUAUUCCAGUCCAGAAAUCGAGAGAUGUGCCUGAGUCUACACUUUUGCCAAAAAAGUGUUCUGGAAAAACUGAACCAAAGCAUUUGAAACACAAUCACAUAUCUUCCAGUGCAGUAUCUCACUCAGCUGCACAUGUAAGUUCAUCCUCAAAGUGUCCAAAGCUACCUAAUGCAAAUAUACAUGUAAGACCUAAGCUGUCUUCUUUCCAGCCCCCAGCAAAUAUGACAAAAUCCAGGUCUAAAACCAUAACUGCAGGCGGGGGAACACAGUCUCAGCCAUCUGAUGGAGCCCUGCAAGCAGGGUCAGUGCCAGCACAGAAACUUAGGUCAGCCUUGAAUGUAAACCAGCCGCUUUCUGUGUCCUCAGUUGUUCCUGCAAAAGCUGUGCAGGAAUCGAAAGACAGGAGGAUGGUUUCAGUUGCCAAAAAGCAGCCUCAGAAUAAAAGUACACCCCAGAAGGCAGCACCCAGCUCCUCAAAGUCCCCUGGCCGUACGCCACUGUCCAUCAUGAGUCUUCCCCAGUCUUCUGUCAAAACACAAACUGUACCAAAGUCAUCACAGACUGCUGUCACUAAGAGCCAGUCUCCAGCUAAAGGGCCGCCAAAAAGUGGCAGAGCCCCAGCUUCAACCAGAAAGCCACCCUCAUCUGGUAAGGAAGCGGUUAGUGGAGAUAAAAAACCUGCCACAAAAGAAAAGGAAGGCGAUGACCAUUAUUUUGUUAUGACAGGGAGUAAGAAGCCGAGAAAAUAAAUACAAACACAUCAUUUCAAGAAGACAGAGGAAAGGAAAAGGAUGAAUGUGUUAGCUCCACAUCUUCACAGUUUCUCCUAUUCGUGUUUGUCCACGUGGGUUCAGAUGUUUCAUACAAGAUGCAGGUGGGGAGGGGCAGAGGUUGGGAUGAGGAGGGAGGGCUCCUCCGAAUUCACCUGAAGGUACCCUUUUGAGGCCGACAGUUGUAAAUCAUGACAAGGUUCUCAUUAAUAAUAGACAUUUAUAUGAUUUCGAUCUAUAGUAUCUUUGUUAAAUGUCCAGCAGCAUUUACAUUGCCCUUUAAGUGAAAUGUAAAAUCAAAUAACACUAUGGGAGUUAUAACUGUAGUUGCUGUAUUUCUGAAUAUGUAUUAACUAUGGAGGUUAUUUACCUGUUAAUAACAAUAGUGGUGCUCUUAAUAUUCGUUACUGCAUUUUAGUAGAAAAGCAACAGUUUGGCACUUGUCUUACAAAAGGCCCCCCGAUUUAAUUUCCUGAUCAGGAUUGCCUGCGGGACGAUACUAAGUACCAGUGGCUGCUGCUGAUUAGCUUGCUGUUACUCUGGGUUUGGUAGGAUAGUUAUCACUAUUUCUUAAGUUUCCUUAAGCUUUCCAAAUCAAAAGGAACUGAUUUUUUUAACUGGCUUAUAUUAACAUUGGUAAUAUUUUGUUAUCAAUUCUUUUGGUAAAAAUAAUUAAUUAAUUAAGGUAUUAAAAUAGAAACUGAAAUUUGGUAAAAAAGAUUUUUCAUGUAUUGUUUAUAAGAACUUAAUACCUUAUAUUUUUGAUGGAUGUUGUGCAAUGUAAAUGGGGAAACUGAUAUAGUAACUUUUAGUAUAUUAAAAAUAUUUUUUAAUAAUGUUAGUUCCUGGAAGUGCAGAUAUAAAUUUUUACAUAAAAAAUAAUGCUAUUUUAACAUCAGAAUUAUAUCUUAAUGAUCUUAAAAUUAAGGUGUUAAAGAAUCUUAGAGUGGUGCUAUAUAAAAAUUCUAUCAUGUGAUUGUUAUUUUUCUUUAGAUAGCACAAUACCAGUUUUAAUUAGAUUCUUCCAAUUAUGAUAAUUUUCUUUAAUAAAGUCAUGUGGCUUUCAGUUUUCCAAUAGCAAGUGGAUAGUAUAUAUGCUGCAUUUUCUGCUCUGUAGGCAGGCAGUGUGUCCAAGGAACACAUCCAAAUCAUGAAUGACUGCAUGGACUCCAUCAAUCUAAGAUAUUUACAAAUAAUUUGCUUUUUAAGAGAUUGUGAUUAUUUAAAAAUUAUUAAUGUACUUUCAGGAGUAAGUUGAAUUUGAAUUGAAAAA